GCGAUUUCAUCAUUGCUCUCAAAAGUACUUCAAAUGUUGGUGAUUGAAGUCAAAUUUAAAGAAGAAAAUUGAGGGUGACUUGGAACACCAAAAAUGCCAAACAAAUACGAGCGUAUACCGGGUAGACGGACAUAUAUAAAUUACAGUGACGAAACACUUCAACAGGCCCUCGAUGAGGUAUACCUCCACAAAAUAUCAUUAAUUACGAUGAAACAAAUUUUGUUGAUGAUCCUGGUAAGAAAAACCUCGAAACAUGCUGACAAUAUAAUGGAUUCGACAAAGUCAGCAACCUCAGUGAUGUUUUCUGUUGAUGCCGCUGGUUCAAUGUUACCUCUUUAUAUUGUAUAUAAAUCCACACAGUUAUGGAAUUCAUGGACUACUGGAGGUCCAGAAAAAUGCAGGUAUAAUCGAACGCCAUCUGGGUGGUUUGACCAAAGUAUUUUUGAAGAUUGGUUCAUAACUCUUGUUAUACCCCAUUUUCGACGGUUGGAAGGUAACAAAAUAGUUAUUGGGGAUAACCUAGCAAGUCAUAUGUCAAUGAAAAUUAUAAUGAAUAUAAUAAUUUAAAUAAGACAGACAAAUACUAUACACCAACUAACUAUAAGACUGAAGAAAAAAAAAAAAAAUCUGAUGAAAUAAUUGUUAAUUAUUUUGUUAUGGUCAAAUUUGAAACAAUUAAAAAAAACAUUGAAACGUUUAUAGACCAAGUGACUGAAAUUGAAGAAAAUUAAUAUACAUGUUAAUUUUUAAGAAAAAAGAACCAGAUGACGGGCUUUUAUUGUUUCCCAUUCAUAAUUGAUGAAGUGACUGUCUCAAGAGAACAAAUUAUCAAAAAAAUGGUUGUAAAAAACCAAAGAAGAGGCAAUUUCCAAUUCCAAUAGUACUUACCCUA